AUGUUAAACCAACAGUUGCAACUCGAUGAUUUCGUCGUUGCACAGUUCACGCUGCAGCCGGCCACGGAUACUGUUGACCGGUUUUCAGCCGGGGUAGUGCCAACCGAAUCGGCGCAAUUCGACGAGUUUGUUGUUCCUCAGUCACUGCAGAACAAUGGCGGCUGGAAUGCUUGGAGAAUGACAAGUCAAUCCGAAUACGGAAUGCCGGCCAUUGAUAUCGAAUGCGCCCCGACUGGCAAUUCAACUGGUCGCAGUGCGGUUUCAUCAAGCUUUCCCACCGAAGUCCUCGACACAUCGAGUGGCCAUCUAGCACAAGAUCCAGCUUUUUCAGCCCUCGUACAAGCCGCUUUCGACGCUAUGAUGGAUGAAAGUCGAAAUGACCCGCAGGGAUCACCAUCUUAUCCCGCGCCGGAUUGGAGUCUUCUGGGACUACCCGACCAUGGGGGUGUUGAUUCCUCACCCCAAUCCACCGGCAACACGAUGCAGCCCUUAAUUUACCCCUUAGACUGGGACCAGUUUGGAGACAUUCGGGUGGCCAGCCAAUCUGCCGACGAAUCGAGUUGGGUGCACGCGGGGUUGAGUGGUGACCGCAUCGCCACAUCCGCAAGAGACAAUACCGACUUGAGCGCAGACUCGGGAACGGACGAGCAAGUCAUCCUCACGCCCUCGUCUGCGUGCAUGCCUCAGUCAGAUAUGUCAGAACGCGCCUCCGAGCCCCAAAUCACUAGUCCGGGCCACAUGGAGACGACCAGCCCUUCGAGGUCGCAAGUUUCACAACCGGAAUCACUGGAACCGCAGGAACCACAGGGACGCCCGAGGUCAAAUACGCAGGAAACCGCGCCAUCGACUACAGCACUGACCAACUACACGUCCUCUGCUACUUCUACGAAUUCGCUAGCGUUGAGUAGUCCUAGACCCGGAGCAAGUCUCGCGAUUUUGCACCGACAGCGGUCACCCCAGCGCGUGGGUGGCAAGUUGAACGAGGGGCAACGGUAUUCCCAGCGUGUCCGUGGCAAGCUGAACGAGGAGCAGCGAGAAAAAGCAAGGGUGAUGAGAAAAGUGGGCAACUGCCUCCGCUGCAGAGCUUUCAAGCUAGCUUGCCAAUCCGUUUGUGAUAGCGCAAGAUCAUUCUUAGAUCCUUGCUACAGGGAGAAACUCGACCAUGUGACUUUGGCAAGACAUGGCAAUAACAACUUUGGGCAACGCAACGUACAAUACAUUGACUAUAUCUGGGCGGACAACGCAGCUCCCCGUAAACUCGUCGAGAUUCGCUGGAAUCUUCCAGGAGGACGCCCGGUUGACUUGCCCUACUUCAACGUCACCUGUAAAAAGUUCUUUCCUCGAACUAACGAUACUCACUUCAUCACCUGGAACGUUGGUGACAAGGUUAUGACAGCAGAGCUACCUCCUUAUGCGGCCGAUGACACGCGGAGUCUAAAACUGGACGUUGAGGCAUUCCUGAACAAGAGCUGCUCAACAGUCCUCGACUACAUCAUUGAAGACACUGCUAAUGAGCUCCUAGCCUCCACAUUAAGAGAGGCAAUACGCUUCAACAAUAAAAACCGCAGUCCAAUCAUCGACCUUGCACUCCGCGUGAGAUGUGCAUCCUUCUGCUCUCAAGGAUGGGGCUCGAUUACGGGCAACGAAAAACUGGGUAUUCUACCCAUUGACUUCAAUGAGCUUGGGCAAUGCGGCUACGCAGCCUAUGACAGAGGGAGGGACGUACCCCUUCCGCUCUCUAUUGACCAUCAACUCGACGUUGCCCUGCUCCAUACGAUACAGGAAUACCAGCGAGAACUCAUCAAGCAACUGAAGCAGAAGAUCUUCGGAAAGGGCUCGAAAAAACCUUGGUACGAGAUAUUCUUGACCAUUUUCGUCCUCUUGUCCAACCUCGAGUACGUCCAUAGCGGCGCAAUUUCAUUUUACCGCGCGCAGAUGAAUACGAAAUACAGCAAGUCCUGUUAUUCGCUCACCCACGAGAUGAUCGACGAGUACAAUUAUUCCGCUGAGAAUCUUCUGUAUCAUUUCUGCUCGAUUCUCCGCGGUAAUAUGGGGUUCAUGCUGGGGUUUGAGAAAAUGGACGAGCUAAAGCAUCGGGAAUCACUCGAUGACGAUGCCGUGGAGUAUAUGAAGAACGUGUUCGGGAUCCUGUCCAAGAUUGCGCCGCUUGAGAACCCCGCCGGAUCGGGACUGGACCCGGAAGAUCUACCCCGUCAGGAUGGGAGAUGGAUUAUGAGACUGUUCAGUCGCAUGAUGUAA